AUGUUAGAAACGGAUGACAGUGUGACCGAUAGUAUUAUUGGUGGUGGUCGUGUGCGUUAUUCACAUUCAACAGGCUCAAUAACAUCAUUUGUUCCUCCGCCACCAUCACUCGAUUCUUCUAGUUUAUCACCAUCCGAUAAUGGUGAUAAUCAAUGGGAAGAUUUAAUAAUUGGUAGUGGUGGUAAACCUGUUGUUAUAACAAAAAUAGAUCCUGAUCAGAUGACAGCUGAAACAAUUGUCACUGGACGAACACCACCCGUAUUAUUACAAGAACCAAAAUAUCGUAAAUAUCGAAUGUCUGAUACAUUAUUAAAACAAAAUAAAGUAACAAAAAAAGCAAAUGAAGUAGUUAUAUAUUCAAUUAUUAUUGGUAUUGUAGCAUUAAUAAUAACAUUUUGGAGACCAAUGUCAUCAUAUUUUAGUGGUUUUACCGUUGGUUUAAUGUUUCCUUCAUUAAUUGCUUAUAUUUUAUUUAAAAUUUAUGUUAAUCAUAGAGCAAAUGAAAGGUUAAUUCGUGAAUGGGUUGAAUUUCCAGAAUUGGAACAAUUAUUAGCUGAUAAAACAGCAAAAGAAGAUAAAACAACGACUAUCACUGAUACUUAUGCUGAAAUCAUAUUUGAUCGUUAUGAUGCUGAUAACGAUGAUAGAUAUGUUCGUUAUCCAUGUAUGAUACAUUUGGAUAAUUGUCGUUUAAUUAUACGAUUACCAGAAAAAGAGAUUACUGAAUCAGAAAAGAAAGAACAAAAAGUGAAAUUUAUUGGUUAUAGAGAAUAUCUUGUUAAUGAAUCUGAUUUACUUCUUGUACCGGAAUCAACAUUAACUCGUGCAAAAUAUUGGCUUCCUGAAUAUCCACUUGUUAUUCAAAACUUACAAAUAAUAGAUAAACAAAUAAUAAAUAGACAAAUUAUGGAUAAAACAAAAUUUGAUACAGAACUAUUCUUUUCAAAUCCAUCGACAUGUUUGUCAUUGUUUUUUCAAACUGGUCCAGAAAAAGAAAAAUGGUUUCAUAAAUUAUCAUUAAACAUUCAAAGAGAGAAAGAACAAAGAGAAAAACUUAGUACUUUGGCAUCUGUAUCAUCGUUUGGCAGUAUUUCAUCAACGGAAAGUAUUGGAAUGAAUAAUGAUUAUUCACAAGUGAAGAACAGUGCUAAUAAACAACAGUCUGCAGAUAAUUCAUCAACAAUCAAAGGAGCAAGUCAGAAUCUCGGUGAUAAAGAUUUAAGUAAUACAUCAAGAACCGCAGCAACGAUUGAAUCAGAACAAACCAAGAAACGAGACGAAACAUCAUUAGAAAAACUAUUACAUUCAUCAAGUUGUUUAGAUGAAGCAGCGAUAACAAUGAAUUUUAUUUUACGACGUUUACUUUGUGAUAUGUUUGACGAUUCAAAAGUAUUUACGGAUGCACUUACAGAAAGAGCAGAAACAAAAUUAAAAGAAAUAGCGGCUCUUGCGAUUUUUGAUGAAAUUAAAGUUGAAUCAAUGAAUCUGGGUCACGUUUAUCCAGUUAUACUGAAAGUUGAACCGAUGCAAUGGAAUACACGUGGAAUUUGGUUGAAUGUUUUCUUACUUUAUCACGGUAGUAUUAAAUUAACAAUAAAAACGAAAUUAUUAUUAGAUCAAUUAAUAAACUAUAAUCGUGGGAGUGGUGAACCAAUGUUUAGACAACAUGCUUUUUCACAAAAAGUACAUAAAGAAGAAGGCACAUUAUCAGAAGAUGAUAUAGUGGCAAGACAAAAAUUAUUAGCCAUGGAACCAGAAGUACCUGAAAUGGCGCCAACACGUAAACUUGGUACACUAUUACAAAACUUAGCUGAAAAUAAAUGGUUUCAGACGCUUAUCGGUUUCACACCGAUUGCAGAUUUAUUCAAAAAAUUAACCGGUACAGUCAUUGGUGCAGAUAUUGAAGUGACUGAUUUUGUUGGCAUUUUAACUGUUAAUAUUCCUCCACCACCGUCAGAUCGUAUAUGGGUUGGAUUACCAGAGGUACCAGAUUUAAACCUGAAAGUUAAUCCAAUAUUUGGUAAAAAAACAUUUUCUCAUCCGUUAAUACAAGAUUAUCUCGAAACUAAAAUUAAAAGCGAAUUAAAACGUAUAGUCGUUUUGCCAGCAAUGGAUGAUCAAUUGUUACCUUUCUUUCGUGAUUGGGUUAUUGAUGUUAUUGGUGAAAUUGCUGAGAAACCAGUUGAUCCUGUUGUAGAUAAAGUCAAAGUGAAUCGAAAUUCAGAUGAGGUUUCAACCGGAAAUAAUCAUUAUAAAGGUUUGAACCCAAUCACCAAUACUGUUCCAGUUGUUCCCACAUCUCCAACCACAAAUGACAGAAAAUUGUCAGAAGAUGAUUUAUUUUCUGUUGAAUUGGCAAAAGUAACUGCAGCCGCAACAACAACAACAGCAGCAACAACAGCAACAACAACAACAGCAACAGCAGCAACAACAACAGCAGCAGCAACAACAACGACAACAACAGCAGCAACAACAACAACAUUCUGA